AUGGGCAGUGCAUCAACGAAAAUUAUAUCUUAUGAUGAAGCUUCCAAGCGAUUUCUUCCCUUAGAUUUAGAACGUAUUGAAACAACAUAUCGAGACUUAACAAGUGGAACUGGUGAAUUAAGCUAUACUAGUUUUAAACGAGAUGUUUUUGCACAUUUUUUACCAGAAAAAUUAGCUGGGCGUCUUUAUCAAGUUUGUACUAAUUCAUCAAAAUCAUGUAUGUCAUUAAAAGAUCUUGUAUGUUGUUUGGCAUUAAUUUAUUAUGGGACAUCAAAAGAACGCAUGCAACUUCUUUUUUUAUUAUUUGCUCACAAUGUAUCAAAUGGUAAUGGAACAUUACGUUGGCAAGAUGUUGAAGAUUUUCUUUCACAAUGUGGAGAUCAUCCACCAGAAGAACUUGAUACAAUAUUUCAAAAUCAUGAUGAAAUUGUAACGCAAGAAAAAUUUCUUUCAUGGUUAGAACAUCAUCAGGGUCAUACUACAACUAUAACAGAUUGGUUAAUGGAUGAUCAACGUUUACAUGAAUUAAUAUCAUCACCAAUAGAUAGAACACUUGAUCAAUAUUCUAUUCUAGCUGGUAUAACACAUUUAUCAGAAAUUGAAAUAAGAGAACUUGAAAAAAGUUAUCAAUCUUUAUGUACAUAUUCGAAUAUUAAUCGACAACAACAAAUAACAUUACAAACAUUUUCAAAUGUAUUAACACCUGUUCUUCCACCAAUGCUUAUUCCAGGUUUUUUCGAUGCUUUCGAUGAAAAUUGUGAUGGAUGUAUUGAUUUUAAAGAAUUUGUUUGUGGAGUAAGUGCAGCUUGUCGUGGACCACAAUACGAACGAUAUAAAUUUCUUUUUCGUGUAUUCGAUCGUGAUCAUGAUGGUUUUCUUGAUCGAGCUGAUAUUAUUCAUAUGUCAUCUUGUCUUAUUGAUGUUGCUCAAUUUGUAUAUGUUAUUAGUAUUCAUAUGACUGAUUCGCCAGAUAUCUAUGCGGAUAAUAUUCUACAAAAAAAUGAAAAUGAUAAAUCAACUGAAAUUAAAUAUUUUAAACAAGAAGAUUUUAUAAAUUGGUGUUCAACUGAUUCAUUAAUAAAAGAAUUAAUUGAACUUAUAUUUCAAAUUUGUCAUGUUGUACUUGGUUUAAGACCAUCAACAAGACAUGAUGAAAUCACAAUUGUUAAACAAUUUCUUCGACGUGAACAGUAUCCAUUUGUUGAAGCUCAAUCGGGUGUUUCAUCGAAAGUUUAUCAUUGGAUUAAUUGUAAUCGUUCAACAUCAAAACCAGGUUCAUCAUGGUAUCUUAUAUCAAUGGAAUGGUGGCUUCGAUGGGAAGCAUUGUUAAAUAAUAAUUCAGCUGAAUUAACACUAACACCAACAAUACAUAAAAAGAAUUCAUUUACAAAACUUAAUAAAUUAACAAAUGGAAUUGAGAAUAAACGAGAACCUGGUGAUAUAGAUAAUUCUAUGUUAAUUGACAAAAAUUCUUCAACUAAUAUUCGUGUAAUGAAUGAUGAUUGUGUUCAACUUAAACCUGGACUUCGUCAUCAUAUUCAUUUUGAAAUGGUACCAGAAUCAAUUUGGUUAUUUUUAAGAAAAUAUUAUCGUUGUAAUGGACAACCUAUAUGUCGAAAAGUAACAUAUAGAAAAAAAUUAAAUAAACCUGAACUUGAUCUCUAUCCAUUAUUGAUUAAAAUCUAUCGUAAUCAAAUUCUUUCACCACAACAAAUACAAGCUAUAGCAACUAAUACAACAACAAAUAAUAAUAAUCCACAUUCAACAUAUUCAGUUUAUCCAUUACUUAAUUUUGUAUCAGCCGGCAUGUUUGGUACAAGUGGCUCAGCGAAUAUAAUGCCACAUAAUACACAACGACAUUAUUUGACAUGUUCAUAUUUUGUUAGUCCAUAUCAAACAGUUCGAUCACUUGCAGAAGAACUUUCAGCAAAAUUUGGAAAAUCAUUAGAUGAAACAAGAAUAUGGAUCAGAUAUAAUGAAAGUGAUCUUCGUCAAAUUGAUUUUGAAUCAAUCGAUGAAGUUACAUGUCUUGAUGCUGGUUUUGAACAAAAUAUUGAAAUUCUAUUAGAAACACGUAAUAAUGAUUUAACAUGGCCUGAAGAAUUAUAUACAUUAGCAACACGUCCCAAAGUCAUACCAACUCAAUCAACAUCGACAAAUAAUAGUUCAUCGGGGAAUGUUGAAGAAGAAGGUCGUGGUUUAAUCGGUCUAUCUAAUUUAGGAAAUACAUGUUUUCUUAAUGCAGCUGUACAAUGUUUAAGUCAUUCAUAUCCAUUAACAUUUUAUUUUUUACAUAAAUAUCAUCUAUUCGAAAUAAAUAAAGAUAAUCCUAUUGGAAUGCAAGGUAAUAUAGCACUUCGUUAUGGACAACUUGUUGCUAAACUUUGGGGAAGUAUACGUGGACCAUUAGCACCAUUUGAAUUACGAGAUUCAGUUGCAAAAUUUGGUUCAUCACGUUUUACAGAUUUUCAACAACAUGAUUCACAAGAAUUUCUUUCAUUUUUAAUUGAUGGUUUACAUGAAGAUCUUAAUCGUGUUCAUAAUAAACCUUAUGUUGAACUUAAAGAUAGUGACGAUAGGCCAGAUGAAGAUGUUGCUUAUGAACAUUGGGCUAAUCAUCUAGCAAGAAAUACAUCAAUUAUUGUUGAUUUAUUUCAUGGUUUACUUCGUUCACAAGUGAAAUGUCGUGUUUGUGAUUUAAAAAGUGUUAGGUUUGAUCCAUUCAAUAUUCUAUCAUUGCCAUUACCAAUGGAUACAUCGAUUUAUAUUGAGAUUAAACAUUUUCUCUUUCAAGUUGUUCAUCUUGAUGGUUCACGACCAACUCGUUAUGGUAUUAGACUCGAUGGUGACUUAUCAAUCAGCCAACUAAAAACGCAAUUAUCAACUUUAUCAUCAUUAUCAAUUGAACAAAUUGGAUUUUUUGAAAUAACAGCAUCAUCCUAUCUUCGCCGAAAUCCUUUUAUGGAUAAUGAUCAAACAAAGAUUAAACAAUUAAAUUUUCGAGAAUUACUUGCUUAUGAAUUACCAUUAAAUAAAUCUUCUGAAACAUCAAAUGAAAAAACUUCUCCAACAAAUCGUUCAUCAUUGUACAUAAUAGCAAUACAUCGUCGUUUAGAACGUCAAGAACGUUAUUUAUCUCCAAUGACACGUCAUAAAAUUGUAUUCUUUGGUCAACCAAUACUUAUUCCAUAUAAUAAUGAUCCUAAUUCAGAGAAUAAAAUAACAAAUGAAGAUAUUUAUAAAUUAGUAUUUAAACAAUUAGAACGUUUAUUAAGAAAAAAUAAGGAUUUAACAAAUUUAUCUAAUCAUGCACUUGAUUGUGAUGAUUCACUUAAAGAACGUUAUCCAUUUGUAUUAAAACAUGUUAAUGAAGAAGGAAAAAAAUGUUCAAUAUGUUCAUGGAAUCGUUUUUGUCUUGGUUGUUCAUUUGAAUCAGAUAAUGAUGAAUUUAAAUAUACAGACGGAAAUAUAGCUAUUGAAUGGGAAUCAUCAGCUUAUUAUCUUCAAUAUUUAUCAAGUCGUGAAUUAGAUGUUGAAAUUCAUCCAAGUGUAAAAUUAGCUCGAUCAUGGAAUAAUGAUGGCACUACGGAUGAAUCAUCAUCCAUAGUUCGUUUAGAAGAUUGUCUUGAAUCAUUUAUAAAAUGGGAAAAUCUUGAUAAUAAGGAAAUGUUUAAUUGUAAAAGAUGUCAAAAAUUACAACCGGCAGAUAAAAAACUUGAUCUUUGGAAAUUACCACCAUGCCUAAUAUUCCAUAUAAAACGUUUUCAACUAGCCAAUAAUCGUUGGAUAAAAUCAUCUCGACCUGUUCGUUUUCCAAUAAAUUCAUUUCAUCCAUCUAAAUAUCUUGCUCAACGAUCUCCAAUGUCUUCAUCAUUACAAUUUCGUUCUGCUGACGACAAUCUAAGUACAUCAUCAUCAUCUUCUCUUUCAUCAAUAACUCCAGAAGCAAUUUCUUCAUCAUCGAUUGAUAAUAUGCUUAUUUUAUCUCCAUCUCGUUUGGUUAAUGGAAAUAAUCAUUAUAUAAAAUCGGCUAAUGAUCCAAAUAUUGGUCUACCACCACCAGAAAUAAUCAAUGAAUCAAUAAAAAAGAAGAAAAAAAAACAUUUUGGACGACGACGUAAACGAGUUGAAAUUGAGAAUGCUGAACAUACUUUAAAUCCACCAAGAUUUAGCCAAAUGGAUCGUACACUUAGCUUUGGUGAUAAUAGUUUUGAUGCUGAUAAUGCAGCUUAUAAUCUAUAUGCAUUUGUUUGUCACUAUGGAGUUAUCGGUGGUGGUCAUUAUGUCGCAUUUGUUAAAAAUCAUAUUAAUCAACAAUGGUAUUGCUUUAAUGAUAGUUCAUGCAAACCUGUUUCUGAGAGUAUACUUGAACAAUGUUCAUCAUCAGCUUAUUUAUUAUUUUAUGAGCGUGAAACUAUGGAUCAUCGUCGUUAUAUGCCUAAUCUUGAAGGUAAAAAACAAGUAGCAAAUGACUUUCCAUUAACAGGCGAUGAUCGAUGGUGUUCUAUAAUGUGA